UGUCAUAUAGACAGUUUGUACGGUCGAUUUUCAUUUUUAACCUCAUUUUUGUAUUCGAACGAAAAAUGUACAUCCAAGAAAAUAUCUAAGAUCUCACUGGAGUCGACAAUUUCCGUGACCAAAAAUUCUUUUUCGAAUCUUACAAUAUGCUGUCUAAAAGGCUGUGUUUUACGCUAAGUCUUCUGAGACCUGACGCGCUGCAGGUAACGAGCGUAUCGGGUUUAAAGUAUUUCCCGCCACCUAAAAACUAUGAUCAUAUUGAAAUACCCGAACGUCAAAGACUGCGCAUGUAUGACAAGGUGCCUCAAUAUCCACCCAAUUUGAAGCCACCUAAGAUGCAAAAGAGAUUGAGGUACAUGCGUGGACCUGAGCCCUUACACAAUACUCUACAAUUAAAGCAAUAUGGAAUUGUUGCCACAGGAGGAGGCAGAAUGAAACAUGAGCAUUUUGAAAUGGCUCGUCUUCAAGUAGCUAGAAGGUUGGACCAGAAGAGAAUGUUUGCCAUCUGGAGAAUAGAACCUCCAUGGCAACCUGUGACUAAGAAAGGUCAGGGCCAGCGUAUGGGGGGAGGUAAGGGUGCUAUUGACCAUUAUGUCACACCUAUCAAAGCAGGCCGGAUUAUACUUGAAGUUGGAGGCAAAUGUGAAUAUGCAGAGGUACAUACAAUGCUGAGAAUAGUAGCAGAGAGGUUACCUUUUAAAGCUGAAGCCGUUUCUGAAGAGAUUAUGGAGCAAAAAGCAGCUCAAGAAAAGUGGGAAGAGGAAAACAAUCAGAACAAAUACACUAUGAAGUAUAUCAUACAGAACAAUAUGGGUGGGUGUCAUAAGAUGCUUUCACCAUUUGACCAUCGCUGGUGUGGAAAAUAUUUGUAGUAACAUUUUUAGACCAAUUAUGAUAUAAUAAAAAACGUACUAUGUAGAGAUUAAGAAUUCACGUUUCAAAUUUGUGUCUUUUGUCCGUUCUUAAUAUACAUAUAUAUUAGUACCAUCCAAAAUGGCCCCACAAGAUGUUGAGUUCUGGAAUAGAGCCCGUCACACCAUAGAUAAUCAGUACGUAUAUAUUUAAAUAAAACACAAUGUAUCUUUAAUAAUAGUUUAUUAAAUUUGACAUUUUUAUGAAAGGAUUUCCGUGACAAGCCUCAUUUUGCAUACAUGUAUACCUUGUAGCAAUAAUUAUUCAUAAACUUCUUUAUAUAUUAUGGCAAAAACUCAACAAAAACAAAGUUUAUAGUAACAAAUACUACAGCAUAGAUUACUUGGUAUCCUGUGACUCAUUCCUAACCUAACGACAAAAGCCCAUGAUACAUAGCCAAUAUUUUACUAUGUGCAAUUAGGCAUAGUUGAGCAUGUUGAAAGAUCGUAUGUACUAAAUAGGCCACAAGAAACAUUUUGCCCAACAUUGCACUUCUAAGUUCUUACAAUAUAAAAUACUGACAUGUACUUGCUCCUAUUAUAAAUAUAGGUCCACAAUAAUACACAAUUACAAGAUCAAAACAUUUACUAUUUAGUGUACAACUGUAAUAUUUCGUCAUACGUGUGCAAUCUACUCCAUCCGUAAUAAGCAUCUCUACCAUAUUUAUUUCCUAUUUCUGCAAUGUCAUCUCCACAAAU